AGCUGAGCUCUUUGGCCGGUCCUCCAGAGCCCAGCAGCGCCGCCAGCCCGGACCAGUCUUUACUGAAGCGGCGGUGUCGUGGAAGAUGGCGCUAGCCGAAUGGAAAUCCUAAUGACAGUCUCCAAAUUUGCCUCUUUUUGUACCAUGGGCGCCAAUGCCUCUGCUCUGGAGAAAGAGAUUGGAUCUGAGCAGUUUCCGGUCAAUGAGCACUACUUUGGCCUGGUUAACUUUGGGAACACCUGCUACUGCAACUCGGUCCUGCAGGCUUUGUACUUCUGCCGACCGUUCCGGGAGAAGAUCCUGGCGUAUCGCAGUCAGCCUCGGCGGAAAGAGAACCUGCUCACGUGCCUGGCCGACUUGUUCCAUAGUAUCGCCAACCAGAAGAGGAAAGUGGGCGUCAUACCACCCAAGAAGUUUAUCACAAGACUACGCAAGGAGAAUGAGCUAUUUGACAACUACAUGCAGCAAGAUGCCCAUGAAUUCCUGAACUACCUGCUCAACACCAUUGCGGAUCUGCUUCAAGAGGAAAGGAAGCAGGACAAGACCAAUGGCCGUCUUGCCAACGGCACAUUGGACUCCCAGAACAACAACAGCAACGCCACGCCUGCUCCCACCUGGGUCCACGAGAUCUUCCAAGGCACGCUGACUAAUGAGACACGCUGCCUCACCUGUGAAACGAUAAGCAGCAAAGAUGAGGACUUUCUUGACCUUUCUGUGGAUGUAGAACAGAAUACCUCCAUCACACACUGCCUCAGAGGUUUCAGUAACACAGAGACACUGUGCAGUGAGUACAAAUACUACUGUGAAGAAUGUAGGAGCAAGCAGGAGGCACAUAAGAGAAUGCGUGUAAAGAAGCUGCCAAUGAUACUGGCUCUACACCUGAAGCGCUUCAAGUACAUGGAGCAGCUGCAGCGCUACACCAAACUGUCCUAUCGCGUAGUCUUCCCCCUGGAGCUCCGCCUCUUCAACACCUCUGGGGACGCCACCAAUCCUGAGAGGCUGUAUGAUUUGGUCGCUGUGGUUGUGCAUUGUGGCAGUGGUCCAAACAGGGGUCACUACAUUGCCAUUGUGAAAAGUCACGACUUCUGGUUGCUGUUUGAUGACGACAUAGUAGAGAAAAUUGAUGCACAGGCCAUAGAAGAAUUCUACGGACUCACCUCUGAAAUCUCCAAGAACUCCGAGUCAGGCUACAUCCUCUUUUACCAGUCCAGAGACUAGAUAUGGACCUGAGUGCUUCGCCACAUUAACCAGGAAACAUGUUCUCUUCCCUCCUCGAGGGGAGCAGCAGACUAUAGACGCACCACAGCCACCCGCAUGGUGUCAUACCUGCCAGCACAGCUGUAAUUCAUAUCUGUGCUUUUACGCACUCUGCGCUGCAGCUCAGCUGUGGAAGUUUCCCUUCCCUUUACGUACCAGCUGAUCCUGCUGGCCUCCAAUGUCCUUCUCUUCCCCUUCAUCCACCGCUGCUGCUGCUGCCGGGACAAUGAGACGAUAAUGAAUGAAACUGUGUCAAGAUUGUUUUUAAAAAGGAAUGAGGGUUGUACAGAUGUUGAUUGGUUGGUUGUAUGAGUGGUGUUCUAGUUUUUGCCUUGGGGUGUUGGGUGACUGGGUAUUUAAUUCAUAUGAUGUAAUAACUGGCCUGGAGUCUUCACCUCCCAGAAUGUUAUUCUAAACUGGGAAGGUUUUUGAUCACGGAUGCCGAGGAGGAUGCAUGGGAAGUGGGUGUCAAAAGUUAUAGGACACUCUGGACUGUGUAUUUUACCUGUGUACAGAAUGGUAUUUGUAUAAAUAUUAAAAAAGAUAUUAUUAUUAUUAUCAUUAUUAUUAUUAUUAUUAUUAUCAUCAUUGGAAAAUGUUAGACCUUGACAAGAUGUAUUAACACUAUGGUGCACUUUUGAUACAGUUUUGUAGGUGUUGGCAAGCUUAACGUGAGGGUUUGCUUGAAAAGGCCUGUUGUGAAGCGAUCAUUUUCUGUUUUAAAGAAAAAGAAAUAAAAGACAAUGAGACUGA